AUGAACAACACCACCUGCCCGCCCUGGUCCCCGGUGUUCACGCAUGUCCACUACACCUACCUGGGCCUGCUGCUGGUGCUGGGCCUGCUGCUCAACGGCCUGGCGCUCUGGGUGUUCUGCUGCCGCCUGCGCCAGUGGACAGAGACCCGCGUCUACAUGGUCAACCUGGCGGUGGCCGACCUCUGCCUGCUCUGCACCCUGCCCUUCAUGGUCUACUCGCUGACCGACAGCCUCCCUGGGGGGGACACCGUGCUGUGCCAGGUCUCCCAGAGCGUCUACCUGGUCAACAGGUACAUGAGCAUCGGGCUGAUCACAGCCAUCGCCGUGGACCGCUACGUGGCCGUGCGGCACCCGCUGUGUGCCCGCGGGCUGCGCUCCCCGCGGCAGGCCGGGGCCGUGUGCGUGGCCCUCUGGCUGCUGGUGGUCGGCUCCCUGGGGUUGCGCUGGGCCCUGAAGGACCAGGAGGGCGGCUUCUGCUUCCAGAACCCCACCCGGCAGCACCCCCAGACCGUGGCCUUUUCGCUGCUGGGCUUCUACCUGCCGCUGGUCGUGCUGCUGGCCUGCUCCCUGCAGGUGGUGGCCGCCUUGGGCCGCAGGCUGGACACUGACGCGGGCCCGGCGGAGGCCACCCGCAAGGCCUCCCGCAUGGUCUGGGCCAACCUGGCCGUGUUCGUGGUCUGCUUCCUGCCGCUGCACGCGGUGCUGACGUGGCGGCUCGCCACGGGCCUGAGCACCUGCGCCAGCAGGUACGCCCUGUACGUCACCAGCGGGCUCUCGGACGCCAACUGCUGCCUGGACGCCGUCUGCUACUACUACACGGCCAAGGAGUUCCAGGAGGCCUCUGCCCUGACAGGGAGCCCCAGGGCCAAGGCCCCCAAGAGCCAGGACUCCAUGUGUGUGACGCUGGCCUAG